GUAUGAUUUAAAUCCGCGAAGAUACACGAUCAACAGAGCCAAAGAUGAAAGAGCCGGGAAGUCAUGACACAGAAAAACCUUUGAAAGACAUCACUAAAGAUUAUGGAAAGCACACCACGGCCCACGGUGUUUCUCAUAUCUUUUCAGCCACACAUCCCUGUACCCGAUUCACUUGGAUAGCUAUAGUGCUCCUGGCACUUGUCAUUCUUGUAGUACAAGUGGGUCUAUUGAUCAGUCAAUUUCUUGAAUACAAUGUUAAUGUCCAGAUAGCCGUUGUUUCACCUAAUCAACUGCUGUUUCCAAGUGUCACAAUUUGUAAUACCAACAAACUACGACGAUCUAGCGUACGGAAUUCGAUUUACAGUGAUUUGCUGGUUGUGGAUACUGACUUCGUUCUACCAUACUAUGUGCCCUGUAUGGAUGGCGACUUCAACUGUACCAAUGGUAUACACUGUAUCAAACCAUAUCUUGUGUGUGAUGGAAUAAUUCAUUGUGAAGAUAAAAGUGAUGAACGUGAUUGUUUUUAUGAGGAGUGUGGAGAUGAUGAAUUUCAUUGUGAAAAUGGCAGUGAACGAGGGAGGUGUAUACCCUCGAAUUUGGUUUGUGAUAAAACUCUCGACUGCUACGAUGGUCAAGACGAAGAUAAUUGUGAAUGUGACGUAACAAAAGAUCAUAGAUGUAUCAUUUCAUUGGAGUGCAUUGCCAAGGUCAAAACAUGCGAUGGUGAAUACGAUUGUCGAGAUGGCAGUGAUGAAAGCAAUAUAGUCUGUGAGAUCCCCUUGAUGAAUAUUGCACCAAUAGCCCCAGCCACGAUGCAAAGUGGCACAUACGCAAACGGUACAGACCCUGACCAGGCACGUGACGGCGAUCUCGACACAUGCUCUGUGACGUAUAAUAUUUAUCAACCAUAUUGGACAAUUGAUUUGGGUUCAACAGUCUUGGUACAUGAAGUAACUAUAACGCAUGAUGGGAACUAUGUAUAUGCAAGUCUCACUGGCGCUGAAAUAAGAGUUGGCGGAAACAACUAUUUCCUAAACAAUGAAUUGUGUGCGGCGAGACUGCUACCAACUCAGACAUCUAGUUUGACAUUCACCGUAGAAUGCGACAACCCAUUAUAUGGACGGUAUUUAAGUAUCCAGGUUAUGGAAUCGUCACAAGUUUUAAUAUUAUGUGAAGUGGAAAUUAUGGUGGUGGAAAAUGCUUUAUCGAAUGUGGCGUAUGGCAAAGAGGCCGAACAAAGUAGUCAGUAUAAAGAUGGAAGCGCCAUUAAAGCUGUAGACGGUGAUACAAGCAGUGAUUACUCUCAUCAUAGUUGUAUGCAUACCCAGUUAGAAUAUGAGCCGUGGUGGAGAGUUGAUACUGAAUGCGAUCGUUUAAUUGGAGCGGAAGUAAGAAUUGGAUAUAGUAGGUUUCUUAAUGAAAGUAAUACAUUAUGUGGUAUAGUAACACGUGAGAACAUCGAGGAAGUUGACAUUGUCAUUAACUGUGGCGAUACCAUUGUAGGAAGAUAUAUUAGUAUUCAGAUAUUUAACAGAACAGACUACCUCCAUGUCUGUGAAGUGAAAGCAUUCGGCAAAGUGCCUUACUGUCCCUUCGCAGCACAACGAUUGGCUGGAGCUGCUGUUCGUGUUGGCUACUAUGAAGAUGCAAAACAAAACCUCAGAUGCGGUCAACAAAUAAUCCCUCAGAUUUCGGGUUGGUGGAGAAUAAAUAGGAAAUGUUCAGUUCCUAUUUUGGGCAGAUUCGUCAGUGUACAGUUAGAGGGAGUUGAUAAUGGAUUUCUCCAUGUAUGUGAGGUGCAGGUAUUUGCAGAUGAGCUGGUGAUCAAUCCCGUUGAAAAAAUAAAACAGCGGGCACUAUUUGCAUUGUUUGACAAACAAAAAUUUAAACGUCUUAUGUUGGAUGAAGGCAAAGACAAAGUUUACAGUGGCGUGUCGCUUGAAACGUGUCUAGAUAAAUGUUACUUUCAGAAAACAUUUGUUUGUAAAUCGUUUGACUACAGGCAAUAUGUUCAUGAGUGUACUAUUUAUAGCGUCGACGCCAAUGACAAGAACACUAGCUUGAUGGUUGACGAAAAUUUCAAUUAUUACCAACGACUUGUACACGGAGAGAUACGAGGACUAGAACAUGAAAAUCUGUCAUUAUGGAUGAACGUUUUUAAAGACGUCACACAGGACGUGACUGUAUAUCAGCACUUUUUCCAAAGUAUAUAUCAAGACAGUCUAUUUUACCGAGUCAAAGGUGAAGAUCCUCCCGACUGGACCCGAUUCAAGACAUUUAGCAGCACACCAGAUCACAGUGACCUUGCACAAGUUCUGAAACUGACCGAGGCCGAGAUGUCUGCACAUGGUCAUCAGAUCGAGGAUUUCAUUCUGCAAUGUACUUUUGCAUCUGAGAAAUGUGGACCGAGUGACUUUUUAACGUUUCAAGAUGAUUUCUAUGGAAACUGCUUUCAAUUUAAUACAGGAAGCAAUGAAAAACAACAAUGGGCAAUGCGAACAGGGUCACAAUAUGGUCUACAACUAACUCUUUUCACCGAACAAGAAGAGUAUCUCAGUAUAUAUGGACAGGAUUCUGGUGCUAAGGUUACAAUCCUUCCACGUGGCAUUGUAUCUUUUCCAGUUGAGAGGGUAUUACUGUGA